GGGGGCUGCAGGCCCUCGGGGCUCCUGGGCAGAUGGGGGCUGAUGAGCUGCCCUGGGGCUGGGCUGUGGGCAGAGACAAGCAUCCCCUCUGCUCGCCAAGCGCGUACCCCAGCAGCCAGGGGAGGGAUGGGCUCUGGAAGCCUGAAGUCUUGGGGAAAACACGGGAAAGAGGGUCCUGGAAAACUUAAAAAUGCUGAUGCUUUGCCUGGCCACUUUGGCUGGGAGCCUGCCACAUGCCUCUUCUCCCCUUGUGAGAGGAGGAGGAUCCUGUGAGAACUCGUGGCAGGGUGAGGAGCUGGCACCAUAGGGACCAUCUGCCAGUGCCGUGCUGCAGCAUCUCUGGUGUAACAAAGCUUGCCUGGCCAGCACCCAUCAGCUGCUCAGAACUGUGUGAGGAGCUGUGAAUGCAUGGGAACAUGGGGUUUACUGACAGUUGGGCUAUUUUAAUUUUUUAAGUUACUUAAAAAAGGAAAAGAAAACAGUCAGAAACCAAAUACAUGGCAGGAUGGGGUUAUUUUUGGGACCUCUGCAAAUAUUCAGUGGCUGUGAGAGGCGGCAGUGUGGGGUGCAAUGGGGUUACACAGGGGACAGCAGCACUGUGGGACAGGUGAGCCAGCUCCCUGUGAAACUUCCUUCUCCCAGAAUCUUUCCCACACAGUCCUGACCACCCUCUGGAUCUGCCUUCGCUCCCAUUACACGGGUGUUGCCUUCUCCUGCCUUUCCUCCUUCCUCACGCACAGGUGAUGCACAGGGCAGUGUGUGACAAGACAGCAAUUCUGCAAGACUUCACACCUCUGCCCACCUUUGACCCUGUGUCCCAGCCCUGUGUGUGACAGGGCAGCUCACAAGGAAAUGGGACAGAUACUGUCUGCUAUCUGUCCUGACACCCUCUGGCUACACCCGGCCCUGAGUGCUGCAGUGUGGGAGGCUCCCGGGACAGGGUCCCUCAUGAGGCUGUGACUUUCCCCCGCAGGCAGCCUGGCUGGGCAUCAACAUCUUCCUCUUCACCUACUACUUUCUGUUCUUUGACCGGGACGAGCGGUAUUUCUACACCAGGGCCAUCCUUGGGGUAAGGUGCUCCCCCACAGCACCCUGCCUGCCCAGGCAGAGGAGCCCCUGGGGGCCCUGCUGCAGUGGGGUGGGGGCUGCAACAUCCCACACCCCUUUCAUGUUCUGUUCCCUUCCAGCCCACCAUCAUUCCGCCCCACUCUGUGGCCUGGCAUUGCACCAUGCUAGUCCCCAUCUUGAUCCCUGUCUGGUCUCAGCCCAACAGCAUCCCAGCCCAGCCCAGCAUCUCCCCCUCCCAGUCCCCAUUACAGCCUAGCAUCUCUCCAUUCCAGUUCCCAGCCUAGCUUGGCCCUGACUGGCCCCAUCCUGACCCAGUCCUGGCACAGCAUGACAGGACAGUGGUGCUCACCCCUCUCUCCUUCCCAGUCUGCCUUGGCAUGGGCUCGAGCAUCAGCCAAGUGCCUCAACUUCAACAGCAUGCUGAUCCUGCUGCCCGUCUGCCGCAACCUGCUCUCCUUCCUCCGUGGGACCUGCUCGUGCUGCAGGCAGACCUUGCGGAAGCAGCUGGACCACAACCUCACCUUUCACAAGCUGCUGGGCUACACACUGGCCCUGCUCACAGGUACCCCCUGGACUGGGAUGGGGCAACAGUGGGGACUGGGAGCUGCCCGGUGGUGACUGCCUGUGCCCUGUCCAGCUGUGCACACCAUUGCCCACCUCUUCAACCUGGAGCGCUACAACCAGAGCCAACAAGGCACCGACGGCAGCCUCCCCGCUGUCCUCUCCAAGAUGCACCUGCAGGGCAGCAAGUGGCUGAACCCCAUCCACUCCAACCAGACGGGCUCACGGGAGUGAUCAUCACGCUGGCACUCAUCCUCAUGGUCACGUCCUCCACCGAGUUCAUCCGCAGGAACUACUUUGAGCUCUUCUGGUACACACACCACCUCUUCCUCAUCUACUUCGCUGGCCUCGUCAUCCACGGCAUCGCUGGGCUGGUGCGUGGGCAGACGGAGCAGAGCAUGGCAGAGGUGCACCCCUAUCACUGCGCCGAGUACCUCACACAGCGGGAGCAGAACUGCACCCACCGCUGCUGCAAGGACCCCGAGUUUGGGAGCAUCCCCGCCGAGUCCUGGAAGUGGGUUCUUGCCCCCAUCAUCCUCUAUGUCUUUGAGCGGAUCCUGCGGGUCUGGCGUGCGCAGCAGAAGGUGGUUGUCAAAAAGGUGGUCAUGCACCCUGCCCGCGUGCUGGAGCUGCAGAUGCAGAAGAAGGGCUUCUGCAUGGAGGUGGGGCAGUACAUCUUCGUCAACUGCCCCGCCAUCUCCACGCUGGAGUGGCACCCCUUCACUCUCACCUCUGCACCUGAGGAGGAUUUCUUCUCCAUCCACAUCCGGGCAGCUGGUGACUGGACAGAGCGUCUCAUCGACAUCUUCCAACUAGAAACGCCCAGGGUCCAGGUGGAUGGUCCCUUUGGCACAGCCAGCGAAGAUGUGUUCCAGUACAAGGUGGCCAUGCUGGUUGGAGCGGGCAUCGGCGUCACUCCCUUCGCCUCCAUCCUCAAGUCCAUCUGGUACAAGUUCCAGCAGGCUGACCAGACCCUCAAGACCAAGAAGAUCUACUUCUACUGGCUCUGCCGGGACACAGGAGCCUUUGCCUGGUUCAACGACCUGCUUGCCUCCCUGGAGCAGAAGAUGGCUGAGUCGGGCAAGGCAGACUUCCUCACCUACCGUCUCUUCCUCACUGGCUGGGACACCAGCAUUGGCAGUGGUGGGUGUGUUCCUCUGUGGGCCAGAGGCCCUGGCGAGGAGCCUGCAGAAGUCUUGUCACCAACACUCCAGCCUGGACCCCAGGAAGGUCAAAUUCUACUUCAACAAGGAAAACUUCUAAGUGGCAGCAAGCCUGUUGCCCCAGAGGGCAGGGACCCUGACUGUACUGCCUCAAGCCUUUCCAAAGCAGGCCAGGGAGAAGCAUGCACUGAAGCCAAGCAAGACACAGCAAGGUACUCUGUCUCUAUGAGAAAUUCCAGGUUCAAAGACUGCUGUGUGCCUGUCCUGGUGUACAAGGGGUCCUCAUGGAGCAAGUGGGCCUGUAGCUCCACCCAACCCCCUCACUGGGAAACCAGAGCCACGUUCUGUGAUGCUGUUGGAGCAGCAGGAAGCAGUGGGAGCUCAGCAGGUUGGGCAGAACCACUGGAUGGGGAUGGGACAUGGGCAUCCAUGCAGGUGUCAGGGGCCAAAUGUGGCCCUCAGGGUUUAAAGACUCUUUUGUAUAAGAAUAAAUUAAACUUCCUUUUCUUUGUAAUGAAAGCCUCUGUGGUGACUGAGCUGUGCAGGUACAAAGGAGCCCAUGCUCUGCCCCUUGCAGGGCUGCAAUAGAAGAGCUGGUUGAUAGCAAACCCUCUGGGGUGCAGGAUCAGACACCCCUCUGCAUGGGCUCCGUGCUACCCUGGCACCCCAGAGCCAGCCUGCACACAGCACACAGCUCAGCUCUCACUGCAGCUCCCAGCAGGUUCUGCUCCAGCGUAAGCA